CUGUUUCACCGCUUCAGCUCAGCUUCGACGAGGCGCGCUAGCUGGAUAUGACGGCCACCAAGCUCUCACAAACGUGUACACUGUCCCCUGUCCGUGCUUUCGGACCUUUCGCCGAGUGGCUUGCAGUCGCCAAUCGCAGGGUCAGGCGGCCUUAGGCGCAGGUCAUGGAUUGAGAUGAACCCUUUCGCGCCGACGGAGGCUCGGCAGUCGACGACCAAAAGUCAGGUAUCUGGUCUGUGCGAGGGCUGAUUGCUCAGGUCCCCCCCUCAUCGGAAAGCUUGUCUAUAUCAACAUGGACCGCUGUUCGCGUCCUGGCUACUAUCCUCUCCGUCCUCACCAAUCUCCUCCGAGCAUUCUCCAGCAUACACGUCCGCCGACAUGAGCCUCCGUCUCCUCGAUACCGCGGCCAAGGCCUUCCAAGAGCUCGCGGGCCUGCAAGCCAAGGGUCAGGAUGUCAAGAUUAGCAUCGACGGGGAAAGUCUGACCAUCAGCCAACUCGUCGCCAUCGCUAGAUACCAAGCGGCACCUCACCUUGGCUUGGACGAGAACACCAAGCUGCGUGACAAGCUCGACGCCUCCGUCGCUUGCGUAACCGAGAAGCUGGCUGCGGGUGAGGCUCUUUACGGGAUCAACACCGGCUUCGGUGGCUCUGCCGACUCGCGAACCAACAACACGCAAGCUCUCCAGCUUGCUCUCCUCCAGCAUCAGCAAUGUGGGCAACUCGAGGUCCCCGGCGCAGGGCCUUCGCCUUCGCUGCUCCUCUCUGAGGAGCCUCUCUGCAUGCCUGAGUCGUGGGUUCGUGGCGCUCUCGUCGUCCGACUCAACUCGCUCAGUCGAGGUCACUCCGGCGUGCGUACACAGGUCCUCGAGAAAAUGGCCACCCUCCUCAAGUGCAACAUUACUCCCGUUGUACCCGUUCGUGGCAGUAUCUCGGCCAGUGGUGACCUGUCUACGCUGUCGUACAUCGCUGGCUGUCUUGCGGGCCAGGACGGCAUCGAGGCCAUCGUCACGAGUCCUGACGGCCACCGCGUCAAGAUUCCAAGUAGCCAAGCGCUGGCCGCUUCAAAGAUUGAGCCGGUCAGCUACGGCCCGAAAGAAGCCCUGGGCAUCCUGAAUGGUACCGCGCCCAACGCGGCCCUGGCCUCCCUUGUGAUGUACGACGCCGUCAAUUUGGCCUUCCUGGUGCACAUCACAACCGCCAUGGCCGUCGAAGCAGAGACUGCUACAGACGCCUCCUUCGCGCCAUUCAUCCACGAGGCGUGCCGCCCUCAUCCCGGGCAGAUAGAGAGCGCUGCAACGCUCCGCCACCUCGUCUCCGGGAGCAAGCUUGCCAGCCACCUAGAUGAAGAGCGAGCGACGCUGCUCGCAUCGGAGGACGAGGGCUCGCUCCGUCAGGAUCGAUAUCCGCUUCGUACCGCCCCUCAAUUCCUGGGUCCGCAGCUAGAGGAUCUGGAGGCGAGCUGGCGCGCACUGACUAUUGAGCUCAACUCCACUACGGACAACCCGCUCGUAUCGGUAGCUGAGAGUGUGAUCCAUCAUGGCGGAAACUUCCAGGCCAUGUCUGUUACCAAUGCCAUGGAGAAGACGCGUCUCUCUCUUGCCCAUUUUGGCAAGCUCACCUUUGCGCAAGGCACCGAGCUGAUCAAUCCUUCGAUGUCCCGUGGUCUGCCGGCCAAUCUGGCUUCGACAGACCCGUCGCUUAAUUUCCAUUGCAAAGGUGUCGACAUCGCCAUGGCUGCCCUCACCUCCGAGCUAGAAUACCUCGCAGGCCCAGUCUCAACUCACAUCCAGAGCGCUGAAAUGGGCAACCAAGCAGUCAACUCUCUCGCUCUCAUCUCAGCCCGCUAUACGGUCCGUUCCAUCGAUACGCUCCAGCAACUCCUCGCCUACUCGUUGUACAUUCUCUGCCAAGCGCUUGAUCUCCGCGCCUUGCAGCGCAGCAUUGCUGCUCGACUGGAAGAGGGCAUCACGGCUUCUAUUAGCAAAUACUUUUCCGAAUGGAUUGGCGCCGAGGAUCAGAAGAAGCUGGCGGCCAAAGUGUUCGCGAGGCUGAAAAAGAGGUUGGAUGAGACGAGCGCGCGCGAUUUGGAGGCAAGGUUCUUGGAGUGCUACAUGGUGGCCGGCUUCGAAAUCGUCACAUACUUCAGCCUCCUGCCGUCAGGCGGCGGGGCCGACCCCCUUCGCAACAUCAUGUCCUGGCGCGCCGAGUCGGUUCAAACCUCCCUCGCCUUGUAUCGCAGCGAGACGCUCGCCUUCCUUUCUGCACCAGCAGGCGCGUGCCACGCCAGCCCUCUACUGGGGAAGACGCGACCCGUCUACGAAUACGUCCGCAAAACGUUGGGAGUGGGGAUGCACGGGCUGGACAACUUGACAGAGUUCGGGUUGGGACAAACGGGGAGGCAAGCGGGAGAUGAAGAGCCUGUCAAGCCGACGAGCUCGGAUGCCUUCAAGCAGAGGGCGACGAUUGGUCUGAAUGUGAGCAAGAUCCUCGCGGCGCUAAGGAGUGGGGAGCUUUACCGUGUCAUGUGGGAGGGAGGAGUGUUGAAGGCGUAGAGGAGUCAAUAGAGGAUGAGGCAAUGAGCUGCCAUUGCGCAAUCCUGGUAUCACUGACGCGGCAUUCAGAUAGCAUGCGCAUCAUCCUAUAUACUGCCUUCUUCAUCAUAAAUCAUGAUUUGCUACUUCCCCGCCCUCUAAC